AUGAACGCUGCCGCAGAGGGUGAAAAGGCCCUUGCGGCCUCCAACGCGCCGCUCGCCAUCCAACACUACACCCGUGCCUUGAUCGAGCUACCCCGCGCCCCGUCCUACUACCUCCAACGCGCCAUCGCACGCUCGCGCGUGAAGCCAGCAGACGGUGGGCCGAAUUCUCGUGAAGCUCUUCAAGAUGCCGAGAUUGCCCUAUCGCUUGCCCGCGAGCGCGGGAAGCGCGAGCUCAUUCUGUCGGCACAGAUGCGCCGCGGAGUAGCACUCUUCCAGCUUGAACGCUACGGUGACGCAAAGUUCCUCUUCGAACUCAUUGAAUCGAAGAAUUCUGGCGAGAAGGAGGUACAGAAUAAAGCGGAAGGUGUGAAAGCCGCCAUGGCUGAUGGAGGGGGCAAAAAGAACGGUUAUGGAGCUGAGCUGCCCAUUUGGAUGGCCAAAGUCCGUCGCAAGUUGGGAGAGGUGGCUGAGGGUGAUGAGAAGGCUACUGUCUCUGUGAUUGAGUUCCCUACGGAUACACGUGUACCGACCGAGAAGCAGCUCAAGGCUGAAUGGGAGAGUCUCAAAUCAGGAAAGGCGGUAGAUGGAGGAGACAAGACAGUUCAAGAGAAGAACCAAAAGGACCCCUCUUCAUCCGGUGUUUCCUCGGACCCCACGAAGUCGGAAGACAAAGAAACAACAGAGGCUUCGCCCGUUGUGGCUCCACAAAAAGUUCGCCAUGAGUGGUAUCAGUCCAAUGCUUCUGUUGUGGUGACCCUCUACGCGAAGGGGAUCCCCAAAGAGAGUGUUGAGACUGAGUUGAAGGAUGAGUCGGUGUCCUUGCAAUUCCCUCUGCCCUCUGGUUCCGGCUACGAUUUUACCCUUGACCCUCUCUAUGCUCCUAUCGAUCCUUCUACAUCCAAAGUCUCAGUCAUGGGCACCAAAAUCGAACUGGUCCUGCAGAAAAGGACAGCAGGUCAGAAAUGGAAAUCCCUCGAAGGAUCAGCCUCCAACACGACAAAGAUUGCAGACCGGCCUGCUGCGCCGCAAGCCCCAGUGAGCUCGGGGCCAUCAUACCCAACCUCAUCCCGACACGGUGCAAAGGACUGGGACAAGCUCGCAUCGACCCUGACUGCCAAGAAAUCCAAAGGAACAAAGGGCAAGGCGGAGAAGGAUGAGACUGGCGAUGUCUCCGACGCAGAAUCCGUGAAUUCAGAGUAUGGAGGAGAUGCCGUGGAUGGGUUCUUCAAGAAACUGUACGCGGGUGCCGAUCCGGAUACGCGCCGAGCUAUGAUGAAGAGCUAUGUCGAGAGCCAGGGCACGUCUCUGAGCACUAAUUGGUCAGAGGUUGGAAGCAAGAAGAUGGAACCACACACUUCAAGCUAA